AUGGAAUCCAUGACCGAAAAUAAGAACGGAUUGGAAGAUUUUGAAGCAUUCUUAGAAACCAGUUUUCAACCUCUCCAAUUCGCAAACGAUUUACUAUUAGCUACAAAUGAUAAGAACGGAUCAGAGCUAGAUGGACUAACUCCAUUGAAGAAAUUGAAAUUUGAUAUUGAUGAAUGUGACAAAAGGAUGGCUAGCAUUGCAUCUACAAAUUAUGAAUCAUUGAUGUCUAAUUUUUCACAAAUAGAGAAAACUAGAUCGUUAGUUAACGAACAGAUCAACCCACUGGUAGAACGAGUGAAUAAUUCAUUUGAAAGAAUUAAAUCUGGCGUUAUUCAACCAUACGAAGAAGCAUUGAAAAAGAAUAAUGCUUUGAAACGAAUCCAUUUGACAUUGAAUUUACUCCGAGGUGCUGGCUACUUUAUGUUUUUAGUUCAGCAAUUGGAAGAAAUCGAGAAGUUGAAUACUAAAGCGGAAGAUCAAUCAAACCUGAAGAAAGAUAUAAUCAGAUUAGCUAAACUCCAUAUACAAAUUUCACAAUUGUAUAAGAAUGAAAAGGAACAAAAUAACCUGAAGAUUAAGAAUUCGAAUGCAAAUAUAUUGUCCAUAAAAUUAAUUAGAGAUUAUGAAGCUAUCCAAAUUAACAAGCAGAAUGCACUUAUAAAUGAAUGGGUUCAAUCAAUAUCGAACGAUUUCAAUCAUCAUAUUUCUUUUUCGGUUACUAAUAUUGAAUUGCAAAAUAAACUAAUUGCAUUGUAUACCUUAAACAAAAAAGAGUAUCUUCAAAUCAUUGAAAAAUCAAUAAACAAGCAUGUACAAGUAAGUUUGACUCAACUUUCAAGGUCCUUACAAUCACCAAGGAAUUUUAAUGCCAUAAUAAAUGAAGUUAAAGAUACUUCAUCUGACUUUCUUGACAAAUUAGAAAACAUUUUAUCAAGUUGUGAUAUCUCUAAUACAAAUAACAAAGAUAACACAGGGAAUCUCUUAGAUGAAACAAUUUCUAAUAAUUCUAUCAACAGUUUAUUUGACUUAUACUGGCCUGUAUUAUCUUAUAAAUUCAAGAAGAAUAUUGUAGCUACUAUGGCAAGGGGUGGUCCAAUUGCUAAAAAUUUAAAAAUUUAUUUCGAAGGCAUAAGAAAUUCCAUAAAUGAAAACUUCAAAGGCAAUGAAGAAGGUAAUUUAUUAAUCGAUGCAAUUGAUGUUAUUGAAGGAUCAAAGUAG